AUGAUUUGGCUCAUCUACUUUGUCGAAACAUUGCUUGCCGGCAUCACGUUAGCCUUGGUUCCAUACGUCACAUCAGCCUUUUCCAUGCACGCUUUCACACCCACUGUUAGCAUACUAAGCAAUAUCCUCGGCGGUGCCAUCACACUAUCUAUCGCGAAGAUCAUCGAUAUCUUUGGGCGACCGCAUGGCUUGCUAUUCUGCCUUGUCGCAGGAUCAAGCGGGUUGGUCAUGAUGAUGGUGUGUGACGGCAUAGGCACGUAUGCUGCGGCCAUGGUCUUUCAUACCUUGGGAAACAAUGGUGUGCAGUAUAUCUUGUCUGUUCUCAUUGCCGAUACAACGAAGUUAGAGAACAGAGCGCUGGUGCAGGCGCUCAUGAACUCAACUAGCCUGAUUACAGGCUGGGUAGCUGGCCCUUUGGCGCAAGCAUAUCUUCGCGGCAUGGGAUGGCGUUGGGCAUUUGGUUCAUUCAGUGCACUUGUUCCGCUUGUCACGCUGCCGCUGCUGGGUUUACUUGUGGCGAACUAUCGAAAGGCGAGGAAACUGGGACUUAUCAAAGUCACAAAAGAGGACCGUGAGUGGAAUCCUUGGGAGUUGAUGGUAUACUACAGUCGGGAGUUCAAUGCUGUUGGCUUGGUGCUCGCUUCUACAGGAAUCGCCCUUUUUCUUCUUCCGUUUAACUUGUAUGCUUUGACGGGCAAAGUUUGGUCUUCGCCGCUCACAGUUGGCGUGAUCCUGAUCGGCGUUCUACUUCUAUCGGCAUUCGCUGUAUGGGAGAAGUCUUUCGCAUCUACCCGGUGCCUUCCAUACAGGCUAUUCUUGGACCGAACCGUCUUUGGGGCAUGCUUACUAUGCACUUGUCUUUUCGCAAGUUACGCCGUAUGGAACAGCUACUUCGGCUCUUACCUGCAAGUUGUUCAGGGACUCAGCGUGGAGGAAGCGAGUUACGUUGCGCAGCUGUACACCGUUGUGAGUGUACUAAUCGCCGUCUCAACUGGAUACGUGAUCCAUCGAGCCGGCCAUUUCAAGACCAUAUCAUUAGUCGUCGGUGUCCCGCUAAGUCUAUUGGGUCAGGGCUUCAUGAUGUACUUUCGCGCAUCCAGUAACGUCGGAUAUAUCAUCAUGUGCUUCCUGUUCAUUUCAAUCUCGCAAGGCGUUCUCGUUGUCACGGACGAGAUUGCUAUGCUAGCUGCUGGUUCGCACGAACAUGUCGCUGCGAUGCUCGCAAUCGUAAGUAUCUUUGGGAACAUCGGUGGCGCUAUCGGUAUGACAAUUGCGGCAUCCAUAUGGUCUAACACAGUGCCGGAUCGACUGGUGCGAUACCUACCUUCUGAAGACCUACCGAACCUCAACAAGAUCUUCGGCGACAUAACGACUCAAAUAUCUUACCCUAUGAAAUCUCUAACACGCCUUGCUAUCCAGCAUGCGUACGAAGAUGCGAUGCUUCGACUUCUCAUAGCUAGUACUGCGAUCUCGGUUGUAGGGGUUAUCGGACCAUUGAUGUGGAGGAACAUCAAUGUCAAAGAAGUCGAGCAGAACAAAGCCUAUGUUUGA